UCAUGCUGCUGCCAGGUCCAGAGUCUCUCAUGGGUCCCUGUACGGCCUCCCAUUGCUGCUGUCUCCAUCGCCACACACUCUGCCAUGUGCCACUUUCAGGUCUCCUCACACUGCUGGUGUGUUCCAUUUUUUGUCAUAGGGUGAGUGUGCUGGCAGAUUACGGGCCUCCCAUAGCUGCUGCCAGGCCCCUAAUCUGCCAUGGGCCCCUAUAUACCGCCUCCUCAUGCUGCUGCCAAGUCCAGAGUCUCUCAUGGGUCCCUGUACGGCCUCCCAUUGCUGCUGUCUCCAUCGCCACACUCUGCCAUGUGCCACUUUCAGGUCUCCUCACACUGCUGGUGGGUUCCAUUUUUUGU